UCAUUUUAUAAUGAGCAAGAAUGCAAUCAACCGUUUAAUGGUUCUCCUUGAAUAAUUUAUCCUGUUGCGGCAUACAUAUUAAAUGUUAUAUACAUUCCGCGCGGUAGUGUCCAAUGUGUAACGAAUCAAUAAUGAACAAGGCAUGUGUGUCAGUGUUUUGAUAUUGUAAAUAAAAUUAUUUGAAGGAAUUCCUUACUGGAAGUGUUUACCCAACUUUACCAUUUCAAGUGCGGUAAAUAGGAACCAGCUAUGCCAAAAAUGUGGUACCGAUCGAGAAAAAACCAACUGGUUAUAAUAAUACUGCUUAUAUUUUCAUUGUUUUAUUACAUAUCUCUAAGUAAUAACUUACACCGGGAACCGAACUUGGAUAUAACGAGGAGUGAUGGUUUUGUGAGUGGUUUUAAUCAUCAUUCCGUUGAUAGACCGCAUUGGGAUCACACUAACACACCAGACGAUCUUAACAGAAAUUCUGUAAUAGAAUACAUAGAGAAGAGGCUGGAAGAGGCGCUGCGACAGGACAAGGGCACCGGGUGCGAGAUACCCAAGCUGGACCCGUUCGCUGAGGAGGUGACUCAGUUUGACAAGGUCAUGCCCAGCGUGGUCUGCGACGGUCGGGACUGGGUUAAAUGCUAUCUAUCGCAAUGCAAGGUGGUACCAGACGUAUUAGCAAGGACCCGCGACAUUAUAUGCACGUACUAUGAUAUUUUAUAUGAGAGCGAUAAGAAGUACAUCAUUGGCCCCCCCACGGAAGUGAAGGGGGGGGAUGCGUACGAUUUGGUCAAGAGUGAUCACGUGAAAAUCAAAUGUACAGGGAAAAAUGAAAAUAGUAUUCUACCAUCCAAGUGGAUUGGUCAUGGGGUGGGCUUCCGUUCCACUAUUCGUCCCAAACCCCCGCCCCCGGGGCGGGAGGCUGCGUACAACGUCCUAUUUCUGGGUUUCGAUUCCACUUCUAAGAAUGGGUUCAUAAGAAGGAUGCCAAAGAGUUAUAAGGUCAUUAAUGAGGUGUUGGGCGCUACUGUGUUGAAUGGUUAUAACAUAGUGGGCGACGGUACGCCGGCCGCUUUAUUUCCGAUUUUAACUGGCAAGACUGAAUUGGAGUUGCCCGAUGUGAGGAAGAAAAUGAGAAACAAUGGCACUUUGGACGCGAUGCCCUUUAUAUUUUACAAACUGAAGGAUGAUGGCUACCGCACCGCCUACUUCGAGGACAUGCCGUGGAUCGGCACGUUCCAGUACCGGUUCAACGGCUUCCUCCGCCAGCCCGCAGAUCACUACCUGCGAGCGUUCUACCUCGAGGAGUCCGGCGAUGGGAAGAAGUGGUGGAAGAAGGGGGGCAACAAGUACUGCGUGGGUGAUACGCCGCAGUUCAAACUGAUGAUGGAUAUUACGGAUCAGUUCUUCAAGUUGGACGGAAAGAAGUUCUGCUUCACGUUCAUAGCGGACAUCACCCACGACGACUUCAACAUGAUAGCCACGGCCGAUGAUGAAACGGCCGCCUUCCUCGAGGGCUUCAUCACCAGCGGCCGGGGAGAGGACACGGCGCUGCUGGUGUUCGGCGAUCACGGGCCCAGAUACGCAAACGUCCGGAACACGCUCCAGGGUAAACUCGAAGAGCGUCUCCCGCUAAUGGCCAUCAGACUACCAGACGCUUUAACGAGAUCUCGACCGGACGCCAGACGCGGUCUGGUUGCGAACGCAGACGUACUGACGACACCGCACGAUAUACACGCGACAAUACUAGACAUAAUGGGACUGUCUAGAUACUGGAAUCCGUAUCGGAUUAAAGGCGCUGAGAAUACUAGGGGGCUAACUUUGUUGGAACCGAUAUCUCAGAACCGCUCAUGCAGCGAAGCGGGCAUAGAGCCGCACUGGUGUACAUGUCUGUCCUGGGAGAGAGUCGCGUCGGCUGAGCCGCUCUACGAUAAGUCUACACGAGCUAUAGUCGAUUAUAUCAACUCACUCACUGAGCCUGUUAGGUCGAAGUGCGUGCCGCGUACACCGCUGUCCACGUCCUGGGUGUUCCGGCAGCGGCCCAACAACGGGGUGCUGACGUUCGUCGCGGCCAAGGACGCCGACGGGUACGUCGGCAAGUUCGGUGCUCGGGUGAGGCCCGACAGAGAGAACUAUCAGGUUAAGAUAACUGUGGGACCAGGAAAGGGUAUAUACGAAGCCUCGAUGACCUACAUCGUUAAAGAGGACCGAUUUGAAAUCGAUUCUAGAGAUAUCUCUAGGACAAAUGCUUACAACAACGAACCGAGCUGCGUAAGCGCAACGCACCCACAUCUCAAUAUGUAUUGUUAUUGUAAGGAAUAUAGUUAGAAAUUAAUAAUCACUAUAAUAUGACAAUCACUGUGGUAAUUGUACAUAAUGUUAACGGAUUUAAAUCGCGUUUAAUUUGACUUCUUUCGCGAUAACGUGUUAGGAACAAAUUACAUCGAAUUCAGUUUGAAUGUUGCAGAGUUAUGGACACACAGAAUGAUAAUGGUAAAAUAUAAUUACAUUAUUUUACGUUAAUAUUAUAAAUAUGAAAGUUUGUUUGAUUGAAUGUUUGUCCGUAAAUCACACUGAAACUACUGAACGGAUUUUGAU